AUGGAGUCCCUGGGUAAGCCAGAUUGUCAGUUGCCUCCAUCAAGAAAUGAUUCUUCAAAAUCAGAAGCAGGAGAUUUAGAGUUACAUGAAUUACAUGAAGAUGGUAUAUUACGACAGGGGCGACUGAUUGCCGAGACUUUAGAUACAGAUAAAAGAACCUCUGCAGAGCACACCAGCUCCUUUGAUUCCAAGAAGGAUCUAAGCAUUUUCACACAAUCGAGUAACCAACCAUCCUUAAACUUUUCUAAGCCAGAAGUGCCGACAAAAGUAGCGCUCUCGGGGCAAGCAAAACCAAUGAAUAGGAUGUCUCUGAGCUCGAUGAUUAAUGCCGACGAAUACAGCACUUCCCGCACUCAGUCAUCAUCUCACGCCCAGUCAUCUAGAUUAGUCACUGGAGGGGUUUCAGGUUAUACUACACCUGGCUGCAACGAACAGGGUAUUUCAAAUACCAGCAAUGAUUGGAAGGAUACGGAGGACCCAGAAAGACUUGUUUCGCCGAAAUCAAGAGCGCAGAAUCACGACCAAAAAGAGACAACGAAAAGCGCGAAAACCAAAUCAACAAGGUCGAAAGUGGGAGAUCCUGCAAGGGGUGCUGAAAAACAAUCGAAGAAGAAAAUAAGUAUACCAAAACUCGAAUCCUCAAACGCAGCUGUCAACCCUAGUGUUCAAUCGAAGUCUUCUUCUAAAAACGAUGACAGAAAAAUUGUCCAAAAAUCAAUGUCCUCUUUACCAGCACCUUCUGUAUUGGCCCUUCAUGAGAGCCAAAUUAAACAGCUCGAUAUAAAUACGAAAGAACCAAUAAUUGCAUUACAUAUUCCACUUGUACCACCUGGGAAGCAGCCCGGUGAUACGCAGGCGAUUUUCAAUGUGAUGAGACUCUGUGAAGACAAAUAUGGAUUUGACGCCAUGCAUCCCAACGGGCGAAUAACUUUCGAAAAUAUGGAAAAUGAUGAAGAUAUUGCCGAGGAUGAAAAUCAAGAACAAAUUGACGAAGAUACCGCAGAGGUGGAGGAGGAAGCUGACACUAUAAGGAAGCUGGGAAUGAAAUUCAGAGCCGGAAUGACCGACGAAGAAAAGGAGGAGAUGAUCCUGAAAGAGAUUCAUAGACGAAAGAUGGAGAGCAAUAAAAGGAUUGGAAAAUAUGACCUUCUUGACCCUUUCAUCGAUGAUGAAGAGCUUCUAUUUGAAGAACAGACGAAGAACAACAAGGAUGGGUUCUACGUUUUUUACGGUCCCAUUUCUGAUGAUAACAAAUCUACCACUGGGAAAAGAAAACCGACUGCCUCAACGAGUUCUUCAAGCAACAAAAGAAAGAAGACUAGUCCUUCAAACAUGAAAAAACCCGACUCUAACUCAUCCUUAAUUACGAUUGCUCCAAAAACAUCUGUCACUAAUAGUCAGACUUCACCUGCCUUGAACAAGGAUAGAAUAUCUACAUCGAGAUCCGAGUCUCCGGUUUCUAGAGCAGCCCCAGAGCACCAAAUCUCAAAUGAGGCGACUAGCACUAGUGACUCGGGAGAAGAGCAACCCAAAGCUGGCUUGGCAAGAUCCGAAACAGAUGCGCAAAACAAUAAUAUAAUCGUGGGCUCACUUCCACCGCUAUGA